UGUGUGUUUUAAAGCCACGGUGGCUUCAGGUCUGUUUAUAUUUUCUCUGUAUUGUCUGAGAAGGAGUUAGUGUGUAGCGCGGCGUGCUUGUAUCGGAGGCGAUGGGGUAUCAGAGGAGCGUCCGGCGCAGCCUGGCUGGUGGCGGUGGCGUUGGCGCCGUGGUCAGGUGUUCAUGUUCACACGAGGAAGUGAGGAUCUCGUUCAGGACCGGCGGGGGGGACGAGCAGCGGCUCAGACCCGUGUUCGUACGCCGCUGGUUCGAGUCUCCCCGCCUGUCCUGCGGCUCCAUCAGCAGCAAUGAGCGCGCUCCGUCGGCCACGCCGUCCGACUCCUCCGACCGGCGCCCGCUGAGCCUGAUCUCCACGCUGUCCUCCGGCUCCGGGUCCUCCCGGGACGCCCAGGACGCCGCCUUGAGCGGCGAGGGGGAGGAGCCUGACAGGAAAGGGCGGAGCCUCGGCCUGGAACUCAACAACAACAACACGGACGCCUCAGAAACCACGGCAACGUGGGGAGACAACAGAGCUCUGAUUCGCCGCCAGCAGACGCCGGUCGCCAUGGUGCCCAGCUCUCAGCUGACCUACCUGGACCGCGUCGUCAUGGAGCUCAUCGAGACGGAGAGGACGUACGUCAGAGACCUGCGCAUGAUUGUAGAGGACUACCUGGCCCACAUCAUCGACCAGAGCGAGGUGUCCAUCCGUCCCGAGCAGGUCUGCUCUCUGUUCGGAAACAUCGAAGACAUCUACGAGUUCAACAGCGAGCUGCUUCAGGCUCUGGAUCGCUGCGACAACGACCCGGUCGCCGUCGCCCGCUGCUUCGUCGACAAGAGCGAGUACUUUGAGAUCUACACGCAGUACUGCACCAACUACCCCAAUUCGGUGGCAGCGUUGACAGACUGCAUGAGGAAUAAAUCUCUGGCCAAGUUUUUCCGGGAGCGUCAGGAGCUAUUGAAGCGUUCGCUGCCUCUGGGAUCAUACCUGCUGAAACCUGUUCAGAGGAUCCUCAAAUACCACCUGCUGCUCCAGGAGAUAGCGAAGCACUUUGACCACCAGCAGCAGGGCUAUGAUGUGGUGGAGGAGGCGAUCAUCACCAUGACGACCGUGGCGUGGUACAUCAACGACAUGAAGAGGAAACACGAGCAUGCUGUCAGACUGCAGGAGGUGCAGUCUCUGCUGCUGAACUGGAAAGGCGCGGACCUCACCACGUUCGGAGAACUGGUUCUGGAGGGAAACUUCAAACUCUAUCGAGCCAAAAACGAGCGAACGCUCUUCCUGUUCCAGCGCAUGCUGCUCAUCACCAAACGCCGCGGAGAUCUCUACAUCUACAAGGCGCACAUCUCUUGCUCCACUCUGAUGCUGAUUGAAAGUGCCAAAGACUCUCUGAGCUUCAGUGUGACUCACUACAAACAUCCCAAACAGCCGCACACCUUCCAGGCGAAGACGGUGGAGGAGAAGAAGCUCUGGGCUCAUCACAUCAAACGCAUCAUUCUGGAGAAUCACCAUGCCCUCAUCCCUCAGAAGGCUAAAGAGGCCAUCUUGGAAAUGGAUUCCAUAUAUCCUCCCGGGUAUCGCUACAGUCCUGAGCGGCUGAAGAAAGCUCAUUCCUCUCAGGCUGACGAGCUUCCACGAGACGGUCGCCAGGGACGACCACAGUCCGAGCCGACCAAAGAAAUACUAAAGAGCACACAAGACGUCUUUAAGGAGGUAAACAAAGGAUCUUCUAACGGCUGCAAGAAAGAAAAUGGCCAAGUGACUGAAGAAGAAGCUGCAACUGAAGCGAGAUGCGAACAGCCCUGCAAAGAUAAUCUUCCUCUGGAGAAGACGUCAGAGUUCGAACCGACAGAAGAAAACCAAGAACCAGAACCAGAACCCUGCUCUAAUCCCGACAGUUUGUCUGCUACACCCCCACGGAUAUCCGCGUCUCCUCGACAGUCGGACAGAUUGAAACUGGACGCCGAUCCGGAGCCGCCGUCCGCCACCACGACUGACUCUGAUUUCAAAAUCCUGAGUAGCGGGGAAUCCUCCGAGGAUGAGGCGUACCUGAAGGAGGCGCCGGAGAAAGUGGCCGGAUCGCCGAGCAUCCUUCCUUCCUCCGUCUUGGACAAAGCGAGCGCCAUCGCUCAGCACUUCGCCGGCAGCGUCAAACGCGGCAGCUUGUCGCAUGACGACGUUCGCUCCCCCAGCUGUGCGUCGCCACGGUUACCCAGAAGCGGCGGUAGCAGCAUUAUCAACCUUGGCACCGAACCUCUGGAAACUCUGCGUCUCAACAGCAACUCUCCUGAUUCUGAUUCGGCUUUCGGCGCGACAGAUCUGACGCUGCUGUCUCCACGGAGCGACAGCCUCUUUGAUGGCGAGCGAGGCCUUUGCCGUAGGCAGGACUCCACGCUGUCCAGGCAAGACCAGCUGCUCCUCGGCAAAAUCAAGACGUACUACGAGAACGCCGAGAGCAAGGACGCCACCUUCCGCAUCCAGCGCAGAGAGAGCCUGACGUACAUCCCGACCGGGCUGGUCAGAAGCUCCAUCAGCCGGCUCAACAGCAUCCCAAACGAUAAAACCGUCCGGACGAAUCCUGCCAACUUGGCCCCAUGCUUUAGUCUCGAGUCAAACUCUGCUUUGCCCGCAGAUACCCAGAGUCACAUGGUCUCUAGUGACUCUUUGGACUCUUUCAAGUCUGAUCAGAGAAGUACCGAUCCAGAAGACUCAGAAGGAAUCACUUGGUCCAGAUCGCAAAGCUUGCAGGACAAUCCGUCCGAGGACGACGAGUUCAGACCAUCAUCUGAAAUGAUCAAGAUCUGGCAGACGAUGGAGCGAGAGAUCACAGGAAACCAACGCUCUCGAGAAGCUCCGCGAAUCCCCAGAAUGGCGACCGACGUCGGGACUAAAGCGGCGAACGAGAGCCGAGAGAGUGGAGCGUCCGACCUCAGCACCAUCACAGAGGAAUCCUCCAGUCUAUCGCCUCUGAAGCUCAAAGCCUCUGGUGCGAAUCGGACAAGAAGUCGUAGACAGGACGGGGUAAAAGUGUUCGGGGAAGACGCUGUGGGCCUCAGGGCGGCGAUUCCUCGGGUCUCCCAGCUGAAUCAGAACUACGAGGCAGAGGCAGAAAGGCGGAGCAAGGAUUCAAACCAGCAGGUUGAGGUAGACAAGACGAAGAGCAAAGUCCUCCAUCUGGCCCGCCAGUACAGCCAGCGACUCAAAACAUGCGAACCAGCGGUCGGACAGAGAAGUUCCCACCUCCUAAUGAACCGGAAGACUCUACCCUGCGUGCUGGAAGAGAGGGAGAGUACAGGUAAACCCAGCCUGACUCUGCCACUAGUUUCUGAUAACCAGGCUCCCUCUCUGCCGCUGCGCCCUGCAGACAAGAUCCAAUCUGUGGCGCCGGGCCUCGCCAUCCACCCACCGGACCGGGCUCGCUCCCGCAGCCCCGUCAGCCCCAUCAGUCCUCUUCCUCCCAUCGAGGGCUUCAACUGGCCGGACGUCCGCGAACUCCGCUCCAAAUACUCGGACCACGGUCGCUCCCAGAAGAGUUCUGUCGGCCGAAGUCUCUCCAUCCCAGAGCAGAUGUUUGACCUGGGUCUGCGGAGGCACUCCAGCUGUUCCUCCAGCCUCCUCGCUGACGCAGCGUCUGGCGAGGUUUCUUCUUCUUCGUGCAAGCCUCGUGGCAGCCGUGGCACCAGCAGAGAGGAACGCAGAAAGCGUCUCCACCGAGCCAAUUCUCUGGACCCUCGGCUGAGUGGAGCACACACAGCCGAGCUGCAGACGCUCCAGGAUCAGGUUGCUACCGGCGACUACGAUGGUUACUACGUCGCAGCCGAGGCAUCGCUACCGGACGACCCCGAACACAAGAUCAUCGUCAUGGAGAAGCUUCCAGAGCCUGCUGAGUCCAAGCCUGUGGAAACAGCCGUAGAAGAAGACGACGACGACAAUUACAUUCAGAUCCGUUCACCGACCAGCAGGGAGAAGAUCUCCAUCAUGGCCGUCAUCGACCGCUGCCGGCUCUAUCAGGAGUCUGACGAAUAUCAACAGAGAGAGGACGUGAAAGCCAAAACUGAGCCAGACACUACGGCAGCACCGUCCAACGGUCAGAAUGACGAGACACAGAAAAUGGGUUCAAACGUUGGACAGAAGACAGAAGCCGGUCAGCAGAACAUCGUGAAAAAUCUGAGAGAAAAGUUCCAGAGCCUGAGCUGAAUAAACACCACAAUGAAACUCUUUAAAAAAAAAAACUGCAAGACGUCAUAUAAAACUCUAAAUUGAAGGUGCUGUAGGUAGGAUUAUGAAGAUCCAGGACUUAGCCAAAAAAUUUG